AUGCAUCAGGAGAACAGAGGUUCUGCACAGACUACAGAGAAGACGAAUGGGCUGACCAACACAGAAACAAUCCUUGGACACGUGCAGAGCUUUAUUUCUGUCUCAUUUGAAGACUACAACAUUUGGAGAAAUGUAAAAAUGUGUUUUGUUUUGUCACAUGUGCAAUGCAAUAGGCUGGAUUGCAUUUCAAGCUGACACCAUGGAUGAAGCUGUAUGGUGGUUUCCUCGUGCCUCCCGAGGGGCUCUGCAGUAGGAUGCAUGUCUGUGUCUCCAUCUGGACGCUCCCACAGAUGACUUCCCACCUCUGCUUACUCAUCCUGUCCAGCUUGGCAGCCUCAUCCCAACUGGGUUUGGAGGAUGUUUUCUUCAGUCCCCAGGACCAGACCAUCAAAGAAGGAGAAGGAGUUUUCUUCCAGUGUGUGUCAGGGGAAAGUUCACCUCCUGCAAGCAUCACCUGGCUCAAAGAUGGGAUACUGGUCACACGAGGUAGACAAAUUCAGGGUGAGUAUGGAGGUGGUAACCAGAAGAAGACCUCAGGCACUCUGCAUCUUUUCAACGUAACAUUAGAGGAUGAUGGGAUAUACAUUUGUGUCACGCACAGUCCUUUACUGAACAUCAGCAAGAAGAGCAAGCCGGCUAAACUAACUGUGCAGGGGGUUCCUAGAAGACUCCAGAUCAUCCAGGGCCCUGACAACAUGACUGUUGCUAUGGGAACAGAGGUCUCCAUGCACUGUGCUGUUCGUGGCUUCCCUGUUCCCAUGGUGCACUGGUUCAAAGACGGCUGCAUCCUGACGAAUUGCUCGGCCUCGUUCAGCCUCCAGAACAAUGGACAGCUGCUCACAUUCAGGAAUGUGACCAAGGAGGACGAGGGCUCGUAUCACUGUGAAGCAUCCAACCAGGAAGAGUCAAUCAAGUCGCAGCCAGCCUUCCUUCUUCCAGCUGAGAUGGACUGGAAUUUCGUCCAGCAGCCCACAAACCUGACGGUGAAGAGAGGAGAAAAUGUUACAGUCACCUGCAGGCCUCCAUACAGCAGACCAGCAGCUCAGGUGUCCUGGUUCAAAAACAACCAACUUCUCACUCCCACAGCGCAUGUAACUGUGCUGCCCGUAGGAGACCUCUUCUUCCAUAGUGUCCAGGAGUACGACAGUGGGAGCUACUUCUGCAGGGCCUCCAAUAUCCAACUUCAAAGAUUUCUCACCUCUAGAAGAGCAGCCCUAACUGUGCAAGCCCCUCCAUCGGUGAAACUGUGGCCCCAGGUGUUGACAGUGCCUGUGGGUGCUCGGGUGGUGAUGGAGUGUCAGGCGUCAGGUCACCCUCUACCCUCCAUCAGCUGGGUGAAGAGAGGCCACUCCAAGCAGACUGGAGGCAAGAUUGCUUUGGGAUUGAGAAAUGCCACUCUCUACAUCCAGUCAGCCAGGAGCUAUGACGAGGGAGUGUAUGUGUGCGAGGCCUCCAACACACUGGGCCAAAGCCGCAGCACAGCAAUGCUGAGAGUUGCUGUUAGUCCCAUCAUAGUGGCUUUCGGGGGCCAAGAGAACUGCAGGAUCGGGGCUUCAGUAGUCCUGCCGUGCAGGGCUGUAGGGAUUCUGCCCAUCACAUAUACCUGGACUAGGGGCAGAGCAGAGACACAAUCCCCCAUCAGUCCCACUGAAGACAGACACAUUGAUGAAGACGGAGCUCUGCAUAUUUCCAGUGUGCAGUAUUCUGAUGCAGGGGAAUAUUACUGUACUGCUGAGAACCGAGCAGGACGACAUCAGAGACGUACCAUCCUCACUGUCACAGCUGAACAUCAUCCAGCUGAUAGAGGCAAGCAGACAAGACUGGUUUUGUCUGCUAGCACCAAGAGUAGCAAAGAACUGCCAGUUUCCCACUCCAGUGACUCUAUGGCUGAGCAACACCUUGAGACAACACAUCAUCCACAUGUACAGUCACAGCAUAAGGAGGCCACAUGCUUAUCACACUGUGAUGCUACAACAAACAGAGCUACCACAUUUUCUACAUUUUCAAGGAGAGCAGCGGCUGAGCUAAAGAUGCCACCAGGGUCACUUGGUCGUCUUUUACAGCACCACCUGAAUCAGCCAGCAACCAAUCCAACUAGGCUGUUAGUCACUCAGAUGCAGCCUCCUAUGUUACCACCUCCUCCACAUCCGAACUUCCAGUCAGUAUAUCUUCACACCCAGCUGCCAGUGACUAGUGAUCCUCUUUUAAUUUCAAUUAGUGAACGACCAAUAACACACAGCCAGACAUCAGUAGUCCCCAGUGAAGGUUUGGGUACAACCCUUCAGUAUCUACUCACUGAAAGUCAAUCCCAUUUAACAUUAACAUCAUCACGUACACAAUUUCAGCAUCAAGUUAGUGAUGAAUUAUUGAUAGAGGCUGUUUCUCAGAGCUCUAACAGCCGUGCUGUGACUCUAACCAGUCAAAUCACAGAGCCCUUCACUGAGACGUCCAUGUCUCAACCACCGUCAAAGCUUCCAGUGGGUGGACCCUUUCGCUUUCUUAAGUUGGAUUCGUAUACGGCAACUCCAUCACAGAGUCCUGUAACCCAAACUAAAACGAGCCUCUCUGGUUCAGUCAACCAGUCUUCUGCUUCACAAGCUGAAUUGCACCAAUCUGAAACUCAACUUCACCAGCUGAUUACAAAAAGUAAAUUUUACCAAUCCCACUAUGAGCCAACCACAACCCAGAUUUCUCAAAUCAAAGUUAAACACCCAGGUCAACCUCUACAUCAGGAAACACAUCGGCAGCCUUCACCAACCCUCUCACAAAUAUCUCAUUCUGAUCCUCAACAAUCAUUUACUCAACGUCUUUUUCCAAAGUUCCAUUUUGAGCUAUCGACAAUCCAGCAUUAUCUGCCUUCCACACAACCUCUAACGUCUUCAGUCACAAAGCCUCAACAAUCCCAAGUUCACAGUCAACCCUCACCCACACUGCCUAAACCAACUUCAACCAUAUCUACACUUCCUCAAACCCAACCUCAAUCAUCUCCAACACAAUAUCCACUGCUCCACUCACAAGCUCCUCUACCACAGACAGAAACUUUUCCACACCAACACAGAAACCCUCUUAAAAUCCAGCCUUCGAUAUCAACUGUCCAUCCUCCUGAUCAGACCUCCGAUCCUUCAACACUGGACCCUAAGAUUCCUGUUGUUCAUCAGGUCAACACGUCUGAUCAGGUACAGCUAAAUAUUAGUCAGCAAGGUGACCCAGUUCAAUCAGCUAAAUCAACCAAUGACACAGAGCUUACAGAGUUGCUGAAGAGGAACACCUCCCAAUCACCUAUGACCAGCAAUGAUUCAAGAGUAACGCAGCAGUCUCCAUCAUGGCUGCCCGUGCUGGAGAAACAUGACAUCCCCAUCGUGGUGGGAGUGGGUGUGUCUUUGGCCUUCAUCUUUAUCACUGUUACCUUCUAUUCAGUGGUCCAGAAGAAUGAACCUGCACCAACAAGCCGAGCAGAGCCAAUUUACAUGUCCUUGACAGCUCAGAGGAAUCUAGGUGUCCCCAUACGACACGCUGAACGUCGAGCUGCAGGACGUACAUACGAAAACAGAGCUUUUGAAGAUGAUGACUGUGUGGCAGUGAUUGAGCAGAGCCCCAACACAUCAGACACCCGAGCCCGACCUCCAGGACCGAGCCUGGUCACGGUGCAGAUGGAGCCCACAUUUGAGGAUCUUCAAGAGGACACACAACCUGCUCUGGACAACCACUCAGUCACUGUAGAGACGUAUCCUGAGCCCAUUCUUGACACAAAGAUUGAUCCUUCUCUGGAGGAGGAGAAUGGCUGCAGUUUGUCCCAGCCCAGCAUCCAGCUGCAGUGUGCUGAGGACUGGACCAGUAACAGAGGAGACAACCGCAGCCCAUGCCAGGAUGCUUUGCCUCCUCCAUCAUCCUUACCCUCCCGUUCACCUUCCCCCUCUCCACCAUCCAGACUUGAGGAGGGCCUGCACUCCUCAUUAACCCUGCAAAGUGCUGAGGCAUGUGUGGCACCCAUCCACCACAGCCUCAGCAUCUCACAUGGCAACCCUCCCCUGCUUCUUUCUCACCACGUUUCCUUGGGCCUCACUACAGUCGCAGUGGAUGUCCACUUUUACCCAGCAGCGACUGCUUCGAUGGCUGUAAGCACUAGCACUCAUAUCAAUUCAGUCUCAAAUUCCACUUCAGUGGCUGCACCUCUGUUCAGUCCCCCAUUAGUUAACAGUCAGGAGAAUGAUCAAUCGGCUGCCAGAUUUCAUAAGUAGCUACAGAUUAAGGCAUCAAGUCCAAGACAUCCUCAUGUGAUCAACCAUCUCCUACUGUAACUACACCACUAUAGCCAUGAUGGGGAAAAUGUCCCUCAUAAAGUGGUAUAAUGUGAGAAAGAUUAUUUAAAUGAACAUUAACAUUUUGGGAAGUAUGCUUAUUCACUUUCUUGCUGAGAGAUAGAUGAGAAGUCACAGUGAAAUAGCACAGAGUUUCAAAAGCAUCUUUAUCUUCAGACAUUUUUCUGAACUAAAAUUAUUUUCUAAUUAAUACAUUAGACCUCAACAACAUUCUUUAGAAAUGCAAACAAAGUGUACAAACUGUAAUCCAAACACACCUACUCUGAUAUUGCGCUGCCAACUACUGUGAUCCACAAGCUAACAGUCAAUGUGGUUUUAUAUGACAGAGGAGGUUAGCUAGUCAUUCCAAAACACAUUUUAUCUUAUAAAUGUAUGUAUAUGCACCCCAGUUCAAGAUAAGUCAUCAAAAAUGUUUAUUAAUUUUACAGGAGAAAAGAGGGAGUUUAAUUAAAAAAAAAUUAAUAAAAUAUUUUUUUCUUUUUACAAUUGGCAUAUAAUAUCUGAACAAUUAGUACAGGGACACAGGAUUAGAACUUGGAAAAUGUAUUUUUUAUUUUCCUGUGUCUUCAAUUAUAGUGCUAGAGCCAGGAGGCAAUUAGCUUACCUUAGCAUAAAGACUAGAGUCAAGGGAAAACAGCUAGCCUGGUUCCGUCAAAGUUCAAUAUACACUUACCAACUCAUCUUAAACUCACUAAUAAACAUUUGUUGAAUCUGUACAGAAAUGUAAAACCGACAACGUGUGGUUUCAGAGGGAAUCGUAGUGUAACAAUUUCUUGAGCGAAUAACAAACAGUUUAUCCGUUCAUCUAGCACAGGUGUGCACCACUGCUCUCGACUGUUCAACAAGAAACAAUUAAUUAGUAAUUAAAUUACAAAACUCCCCGUAAAAUAACAACUACUGUUAAUUACUGAGUUUUAGAGGUGCUGGUGGCAUAUUUUUGAACUUUGAACAGAGCCAGGCUAGCUCUUAUCGCCUUUCAGUCUGUAUGCUAAGCUAAAAUAACCACCUCCUGGCUUCAGCUUCAUACUUAACAGUGACCUUCUCAUCUAACUCCUAGCAAGAAGGCGAAUAAGCAUGUUUCCCGAAAUGCUGAACUAUUCUAUAAAUAAUUCAAACUAUGGGGCUAACAUUCUGUAUUAGCAUCCACAUAUUUUUGUAAAUGUGUAUUUCAUAGCUUUAGCACAGCACUUUCUGUAUUACUCCCUGUGGUUACAUUAAUUACUCUCAUGUUACAGUUUGACUGUAGUACAGGCUACUUCUGAAUACAACUAGUAGUCUUGCUUUCUACUUUAUUUUACUUUUUGGGUUUCUUUAUUUUACUACUGAAACAUGAAAGAGAAAAUGUACAUGUGUAGUAUUAAAUUUAUUAUUACUUAUAUAGGAAUCAUGUUUCACUGUGAUGCAUAUUGUGUUAUUUGUUAUGGGCUAGUUCAAGUACAUUAAGACUUCAAUGUGUUGUACAGUAUUUGACUUUAGUGAAACAGCCAAGGACAUUUUACUUUGUCACAAAAUAUUGCAUUUUUUAUAAUUUUUAUGUGCAUGCCGUGUUUCAGUGACAUCCUCAUUCUCUCAUAUCAAGCUACUUGACUGUUAACACCUUUUUUGAAACCAAAGGAAAGUAAGCGGGGCUGUAUCAAUAAAAAUUUAGACAAUA